UUGAUCCCGAAAGACGUGCAAAUUGGAUUGAGGUGGUAGGAGGGGGUAGGCCUAGACCUAAUUGGCAACCCAGUGCUUACUCGCGUGUCUGUGGUGACCAUUUCGUGAAUAGCCUACGUUCGACCGGACCCGCGUCACACAGCAGGUUUGCGCCACGCCCAUUCUAGGGGGAAAACAAUCCUUCAGAACCAUAGCUGCUAGACCUAAAAGCUCAGACACUGAGCGGUAGACACUGACAGAAAUGCCGAAAAGUUGCUGUGUGGUUGGGUGUACCAACCACAAAGCUAAGAGGCCAUCCCUCCGUUUCUUUUGCCUUCCACAAAAAAAUCUGGAAAGACGACAAUUAUGGCUGCAAGCCAUAAAGAGAGAAGGUCCUAACAAGAAGCUGUGGGACCCUGCAUCACCACAUACCUAUGUGUGUGGAGAACACUUCGUAACUGGGAGAAAGGAUGAGAAUCCCGGCUCCGUGGACUACAUCCCCAGCGUUUUCCCCGUGAUUGUUAAGACGGACACCGGGACCAUAACCUUACCAGUUAUGAGGAAUCAGAAGACAAGAGAGACAAGUUGGAGAGCUGACGUCCGUGCUACCCCUGGACAAACUGUGGCAGAUCCAUGCAAAUCGACUACAGGUUCAGCAGGUAUCUUAGCUAAGCGAGCUCCCGCAGUGAAAAAAGAGGACGUAAUCGAAGUUACCGUCGGGGAGACUGGAGAGAAGACACACACCACUGAUGUUUCUGAGUCACCGGAGACGUUCGGCAUUGAGGGACGCUACACAUCAGGAACUUGGGAGCAAGCCACAGUGGAGGCCAUCAUGAGCUUGAGGUUGCUCGGCACCACAGUCACCACCACUCAGGUUGCUCAGACUAUAAUUGCGAAUCUCAAAGACGAGAACGACUUUCUUCGUGUACAGAAUGCUAACAUGGAGGCAGAACUGAAGGCGAAGCAGUGGAUGCAUGAACAGGAAGUCCGUGAUCUCCAGGAGAGACUGGAGACGUUGGAACAGAAGUGUUCAUGUGGAACCAUGUCAGAAAAGACAGACACCGCCUCAGAGAUGGCACUUUCAGAUGUCAUGGUUGCCAAGAUAAAGACUGAGCCUGAUGUUUGUGAGUGGGACUUACAAGGAAAUAGCAUUUACUAAAAACAUUACAUGCUUUGUAACAUAUUUUGUUGUAGAACAACAACUUGCUUUACUCAUGAUUUCUUCAUGAAAGUAGCCUAGAGUGUUCUUUUUCUAGAGCCAUUCUACACCGUUGGAUGCCUAUAUGACUUCUGAAGAUAGUUCAUUUGGAAUCUAAUACAUUCAGGUUCCUAAACGUUUCAUUAAAAGAGGUGAUUAUUCCUAGACAGGGAGUAGUAUGGUUAGCCUUGUUUUAUUCAGUAUGUUUGAACUCAUUGAAAGAUUGAAAUGACCGGAUCAGUUUCCAUCAUCAAUACUUUAAUAUGACCAAAAGGAAUAUAUCGAUUUGUUUUGAUAGUGUAUACAUGUAUUGUAUAAGCCUAUUGCUUAUUCUACAAGAACAGUUCUUACAUAGCUAUCACCAAUGUUUUAUUAUUUUACCAAAAUGAAUAAAUCGAUUUUAAAAAUAUGUUUAUUUACACACAUUACCAUAUUUACACAUUAUUUAAACAUUACAUGUUUUCAUUUUUGAUCUGACGUAUUUGCAGUAUUUUGUUUAUUUAUUUGCUAAAGAAUUAUCCUAUGUAUCCAUGAGAUCUUUCCUGAAUCCUAAAUUUACUGUACACUACUCAAACUAGACCAAAAGCCUCAUACCUCAUACUCUUGAAUUUCCCCUUGGGGAUCAAUAAGGUAUCUAUCUAUCUAUCUAUCUACUACUUAAAGCAACACUAAAGAGUUUCAUCAAUUUGUGACAACACGGUGAACGACACUUAUGCAUUCACUUGGCGGCCCUUUAUCGAUGCACAAGUUUACCAGAUUGGGUAGGAGAUGUAUAGUUGGAUGGAAUGAGACAUAAAAAACUACAAAUUUGACUUUUUUCUGAUGUCGCAAUAUAUCACAUUUUCAUAAAAU